AUGUAUUUCCAUACAAUUUCGCCAGUCGCCGAAAACGUGAUUGUCAAAGGCCGCCCAUGGUGGGAAAGAUACCAGCCCGUGAGUUACAACCUCACCACUCGCUCAGGCUCCGAAUCCCAACUCUCUGACAUGAUUUCCAGAUGUAACAAAGUCGGAAUUAGGAUUUAUGCAGAUGUGAUCUUCAACCACAUGGCGGCUUUUACCGGAAUUGGCACGGCAGGAAAUAAAGCAAUGAGCGACGAUAAAAUUUAUCCCGGCGUGCCUUACACUCCGGAGGAUUUUCAUCCUACUUGUAAUAUUCCGAAUUAUUUAGAUCCCGAAGUUGUGAGGAACUGCGAACUUAAUAAUCUGAGAGACUUAGACCAAUCCACACAGAACGUCCAACUGAGAAUUGUAACGUAUUUGAAUAAGUUGAUUGGGCUAGGGGUUGCAGGCUUCCGGGUUGAUUCAGCUAAAUACAUCGCGACCGAACAAUUGGAAGAAAUUUACUCCAAACUUAACGAUCUCAACACGAGUUUUUUCCCGCCCAAAACCAGACCUUUUAUCUACCAAGACGUUCCAGUUUUUGGUAAAAAAAAAACACAUAAUUUUGUAGAAAUAUUUCGUAAUUAUUCCACAGAAUUGGGAAAUGUGCUCGAGUCGAGAUUUAGUCCGGCGAUAAGUCGUGUCUUCAGCGGCAAAGACAAUUUAACGAAUUUGCAAAAUUGGGGCCCCGACUGGGGUUUCAUCCCAACCAACGACUCAGUUGUGUUUGUCGACAGUCACAACAACCAAAGAAACGGCCAAAUUUUAAACUACCAAACUCUAAAACAGUACAAAAUGGCCCUAGCUUUCAUGCUAUCACACCCCUAUGGCUUGCCAAGGAUCAUUUCCAGUUACUUUUUCCACAACAAGGACGUAGGUCCUCCGCAGGAUUCGGACGAAAACGUAAAAUCUCCGAUUAUUUACUCGGAUGGUUCUUGUGGGAACGGUUUUGUGUGUGAACACCGGUGGCCCCAAGUGAGGAACAUGGUCGAUUUCAGGAAUGCGGUUUCAGGGACUGAGAUUGGGAAUUGGUGGUCAAAUAACGAACAACAGAUUGCGUUUUCUCGAGGGAGUGUUGGAUUUAUUGCGUUCGCAAAUGGAGGAAAUUUGACUGAGAAAAUUCAAACUGGGCUAGCUGCCGGCACUUAUUGCGACAUUAUUUCGGGGAGUUUGGUCAACAAGACUUGCACCGGCAAGAGUGUGGUUGUUGAUGGUAAAGGAGUCGCCAGUGUUAGGAUUUUGGAGUCGGAUUUCGAAGGAGUUGUUGCGGUGUUUGUUAACAGUAAAAAAUAAAUCGAUUAAUUUAA